UUAAAAAGAAUCGAAACAUUGACCAUUUAGUUUUUAUUAUUUCUUUGUCGAAAAUCAAACCGUUUCAAAUCAAUUUAUAUCAUGGAAAAGUCUAAGUCGAAAAAACAAAAUUCGAUGGAGAAAUCUAAAUCGAUGAUCAAAAAGGACAACAAAUCAGAUGAAUCUAAACAAAAGUCGGUGAUGAAAAUUGAUGAACACAAGGAAAAGUCUUUUUCGAAAAAAUCAGAGGCGAAAAUUGAUGAAAACAAGGAAAAGUCUAUGGUAAAAAAAUCAGAGGCGAAAAUUGACGAACUCAUGCAAAAGUCUUUUGUGAAAAAAUCGGAUCCAAAAAUUGACGAUCUCAUGCAAAAGUCUUUUGUCAAAAAAUCAGAUUCCAAAAUUAACGAACUCAUGCAAAAGUCUAUGAUGAAAAAAAUGGAUACGAAAAUGGAUGAACUCAUGCAAAAGUCAAUGAUAAAAAAAACAAGUGGGAAAAAUGAUGAACAUCCGCAUAAGUCUAUGACAAAAAAAACAGAUACGAAAAUCGAUGUAUCAAAGCAAAAAUCUUCGGUGAAAAAAACGCUCUCGCUCUCGAAAGCCAAGAUUCAAGAUCUAUCCAAGAGCAAAGUUAAAAAGACAAGUAGUAAAAAAUCGUUGUCUAAAGCUAUAUCUUUGUCUAAAACUAAAUCUUUGGCCAAAGCUAAAUCGGGAUCAAAAAUUCGGAAUGCUUCAUCAAUGAAGAAAUCAUCGAGCAAGAAUAUGAAAUCCUCCGGUAGAAAAAAGCCAAGUCAUGAAUCGAAAUCAAUUUCUAAACAAAAAUUGGAUAGUCAAGUUGAUGUCAAGAAAACAAAUGGGGAACAGCCAUCAAAAAUAACUACUGUAAUAAGUAAACGAUCACUGGAAAAACCUGGAAUGCCAAUUCCAUCGAAUCCUCUCAUUGAAACAUCAAAGAUCAGUGCUAAAGGCAAAGAAAAAUCAGUUUUGAAAACGAAUGAAAAUGCGUCGAAAACCAAUAAAGAACAGAAUGAUAAAAAAGAAUCAUCCAUAAUAAUAAAAAAAGCUGAUGGAUUUCUUACUGAUGAGGAGAAAAGUAAAAGUAGAUAUAAAACGGCACGAAAACCGCGAAAUAGUCAAAAUGAAGAAGUAUCGUUAAAACAGCAGAUAGAAGAAAUUUCAAAACGUUUUAUAAACAAAUUUCCUAAAUCGAAAAAAAUUGAACAGCCAAAACCAUAUAGUGGAAAAGAAACAUCAAAAAAACAAACAGAUGCUGAUCCAGCCAAAAUAACGCCGAAGGAAAGUACACAAAUACCAGAAGGCAAAAUAUCAACUGCUAAUUUUUCAAAAAAAUCAUCGAAAAAACAUUCAACAAAUGCCGAUCCAGCAAAAAUAACACCAAAGGAAAGUACACAAAUACCGGAAGGCAAAAAAUCAACUGCUAAUUUUUCAAAAAAAUCAUCGAAAAAACAUUCAACAAAUACUGAUCCAACCAAAAUAACAUCAAAGGAAAGUACACAAAUACCGGAAGGCAAAAAAUCAUCGAAAAAAAAUGAAUCUAAAAAAUGAAUAGAAUUGUUGCAAUAAUAAAAUCAAACUAAAGAAUUA